UCUUCGUGAUUUUAUAUGCAAAGAAAAAGAACACUUCCGUAGCACGUUUUGAUGUACUAUUUCUUGAGUUUAUUUCGGUAUAUUUUCGGGAAUACAGAGUUCUGUUGCUGUUAAGACUCAGAAAUGGCAGGAAUCCCUCCAGACUCGUGGCAGCCUCCUACAGUGUCACUGCAGACCUCUAUGGGGAACAUCGUGUUGGAGUUGUACUGGAACCACGCACCGAAAACCUGCAAGAACUUCGCCGAGCUGAGCAGACGAGGGUAUUACACCACCACCAAGUUUCAUCGCAUCAUUAAAGAUUUCAUGGUGCAAGGUGGCGAUCCGACAGGAACUGGUCGUGGUGGUGCAAGUAUCUAUGGAAAACAGUUUGAGGAUGAACUUCACCCAGAGCUGAAAUUCACAGGCGCUGGAAUCCUUGCUAUGGCUAAUGCUGGCCCAGACACAAAUGGAAGUCAGUUCUUUUUAACACUGGCCCCCACACAGUGGCUUGAUGGCAAGCACACAAUAUUUGGGAGAGUUUGCCAAGGCAUGGGCGUUCUUAGUCGAAUUGGCAUGGUGGAGACUAACAGUCAAGAUCGGCCAAUAGAGGAGAUAAAAAUUCUCCAUGUGAAUCUACCUAACUGACAUUUGUCAAAAAUACACUUUUUGUACAGUAUUGCUUUUUAAAAAAACAAAAACAAAAAAAACAAUAAACCAACAUUUUAGUGUU